AUGCCCCCCAAGACAGGCGGUCGCGGUCGCGGUCGCAAGAGCGUUACGGCGGCGCCGCGACAAUCAACAGCUGGCGACCGUGCUGCCGCAAGCUCCUCAACAGCAGCUACAACGGCAUCGCCGGCGGCCAAGAAAGUGCGCAAAUCCACUGGAGCGACUAGGGGUGGGAAAAGGCCUGCUGGAAAGGCACCCAGAGAGUCCGAUGUUCAGCCUGGUGACCCCACACCACAAGGACGUGUACGCCGCUACAAGCCCGGAACCGUGGCUCUCAAGGAGAUCCGCAAGUACCAGCGCUCGUACGAUCUGCUUAUCCAAAAGCUUCCUUUCGCUCGGCUGGUCCGCGAGGUCGCGCUUGACCUCCUCCCUUCAGAAGUUGGCGCCGAGCUGCGGUGGCAGUCGCAUGCGAUCCAAGCGCUUCAGGAAGCAGCCGAAGCUUUCCUUGUACAUCUCUUCGAGGACACCAACCUCUGUGCGAUUCACGCCAAGCGCGUGACCAUCAUGCAGAAAGAUAUCCAACUUGCUCGACGCAUCCGUGGUGUCUGGGGUGGUUUGGGCUAA